GAAGAUGACCCGGUUCGAUAAACGGUAGCGCACGAUGCCGUAUCUUCUCCCGGACAAUCGAUGCCGUACGCUAGUGUUUUACUUCCAUGUACCGCUUGCAGCGGUUCUGCUGUACUGGUACCGACCGUACCUGUACGACAUCGGUGUCAGCUCGACGCAGACGCCACCUCACCAUGGCACAUCCGACGCGCUUAUACCGCCGGAUCCGGCCCACACCGAUCUCUCGGUCAAGCUGUCCUACUCGACGCUUCACAUGUACGAAAGGGCGGCCAUCUGCUCGGAUUCUGACAUUUGCAGUAACAUUGGUCGGGAUCUGUUGAAACGGAACGGGUCCGCCGUUGAUGCCACCAUCGGUACCAUGUUCUGUGCCGGGCUUACCAACCUCCAGUCGAUGGGUUUGGGCGGGGGCUUCGUAAUGAACAUUUACCGACACCGGGACCGUCGAGCGUACACACUGGAUGCGCGCGAAAUCGCUGCCGGUAAGGCAACGGAAGAUAUGCAUCUGCAUGACCCAAGUACCACGAACGAGGGACCACUAUCGUUGGCGGUACCCGGUGAGCUAAAGGGCUACUGGGCGGCACACCAACGGUUUGGACAGCUCAGCUGGGCGGAAGUGUUACGUCCAACGCAGGAACUCUGCCGCCGAGGCAUCCCGAUCUCCAAGCACAUGCAGGACUCGCUAUCCUUCAACUCGAAAGCACUUGCAGACGAGCAGAUCAAAGAGCUCUUCACGGAUCCAGCAACUGGCCGGCGGAAGCUGCAGGGUGAUAUAAUACGACCAACGAAGCUUUGUGACACGCUCGAUCUAAUUGCGCUCGAGGGUGGCGACACACUAUACCGAGGCAAACUAGCGCACGAGUUUGCAGCGGAUCUGCAGGAUAUGGGUAGCAUCAUAACGAUGGACGAUCUACGGACCUACAACGUCCGCUGGAAUGAAUCCAUACCGAUCGAUCUGAACGGUGACACAAUGUACGUGGUUCCGCCACCGGCUAGCGGUGUCCUGCUAGGAUUCAUCAUGAACAUUCUCAAAGGGUAUCACUUUCAGCCGAAUGAUGUGCGCAGCAUCGAGGAUACCAUCCGUACGGUGCACCGUAUCGUGGAGGCAUUCAAGUUUGCGUACGGUAAGCGUACGGAAAUUGGAGAUCCUUCGUUUGUCGAUGUGGCAGAGCUCACAUCCAAUCUCACCUCGGUUGAAUACGCAGAAGCCAUUCGGAAUCGUAUAGAAGACGCACUCACGCGGACGGAACCUGCCGACUACGAUGGUUACUUCUUUACGCCCAACAAUGAUGGCACGGCACACAUAUCAGUGCUAGCACCGUCCGGUGAUGCAGUAUCGGCGACCAGCUCGGUGAACUUUUACUUCGGAGCAGGCCUGAUGGGACGGCGUACCGGGAUUAUCGUGAACAGUGGUAUGGAUGAUUUUUCAUCACCCGGCUUAUGCAACUACUUUGGACUACCCGGCUCGAAAGCGAACUUUAUCCGACCGCACAAGCGGGCCCUGUCGUCGAUGUCACCGACAAUCGUGACCGAUCCGGAGCACAACGUCAAGCUGGUGGUUGGUGCAGCCGGUGGAACGAAAAUUACCACCGCCGUCGCACUGACGAUAAUGCGCGUACUGUGGUUUGGGUAUGACAUCAAGGAAGCUAUCGAUGCACCCCGGUUUCACCAUCAACUGAUCCCAAUGGCAGUGCAGUACGAGUAUGGAAAUCUGGAUAUCAUCGUGAAGGGACUGCAGGGUAAGGGACAUCGUACGAUGCGCUAUCGGGAGCGUGGUUCCAUCAUCUGUGCAAUUGCUCAGAAUGCAUCCGGCGUGUACUCCAACGCCGAUUUCCGCAAGGGUGGUGAUGUGGCAGGAUUCUAGCGACACAGAGAAAGAGAGUGAGAGAGAGAG